CAUCGACAAAACAAAAUGUUCAAGCUGUGCGUCUUCGUUGCUCUCCUCAGCCUGGCUGCUGCUGCCCCAGCUCCUGCUCCUGCUCCUGCUCCCGCUCCUGGUCUGAUUGCCCCUGGUCUGGUGGCUCCAGGACUCUGGGGACCCACCGUCGUGGGAUCUCCCCUCCUGGCUCCCCAGGUCGUGAGCGUGGUGCCCGGUGCCAUUUCCCAUGCCGCCAUCACCCAGGUGCAUCCUUCCCCGCUGCUGGUCAAGAGCGUCCAUGGUCUGGGACCCGUUGUGAUCGGUUAAUCCGGUUAUCCAGCUAUCCAGCUCGAAGAUCCAGCCACCCAUAUAUCUCACCCACACGCCAGCCAUUCAGCUCCUGUUCAACUUUAGCAUUUUCCUGCGGAUUACUUCAAUCACGUAUCCUGUGCCCUGUUUAUAAAGCAAGCAAAUCCAGCAAUGAGAAGAAAAAAAUCACAAAAAAAUGUUUAGACACUAAAAUACAUUCCAAGCAAUAAAUUACCUACCAUACUUGUUAUAGCGAGCGAAAA